UCCAACCACAGUGCCGCGGCCUGGUCUGCCUCGCAUGUCCACGCCCGCCAAAGGCCCAUUACACGACAACAGCACAAUCCCAGCAGCACACACAAGAGUCGAAAGCAAAGCCCAUCCGCCAUCCGGGGCCCCGGACGACUCACGAUGACCGCCUCAACCACCUUCACGCCGCAGACCUUCGCAAAACUCUCCCCACACCCCUUCGUCCUCGCCAACCUCCAGCCAACCUCCAGCCAUGCCGCCCCGGCCAAGCCAACGCGGACAAACGGCCGCGCGCCGCACCAGGCCCGCCCGCUCAACAUAAACGCUUCGUCACUCUCACACGCACACGGCAGCGCCAUGGUGAGGAUCGGCGACACCAGCGUCAUCUGUGGCGUGCGAGGGGAACUCCUGCCGACCACAAGCAUCCCGCACUGGAGGAGACCCAAGACCAAGGUGGAGCUGGAUGUGGUCGAGGACAGGGACGCCGAGGCGAGGCAGGACGGCGCCAGGGAGCUGCGCGACUACGACCUUCUCGUGCCCAACAUCGAGCUGGCCACGGGAUGCGCGCCGCAGUUCCUGCCUGGCGUGCCGCCCACCACCCUGGCGCAGACCCUGAGCACAAGGGUGUACUCGCUGCUGCACACCACCGAGCUGCUGGACUCCGACGACCUGAGGGUGUGGUACACCCCGCCGAGCCUCGACGCCGCCGAGGAUGACAGGAUGGACGAGGGUGAGGGCAACGCCGACGAAGACGUGGCAGAGCCUGAGAUCAAGGCUUACUGGGUGCUGUACAUCGACGUGCUGUUCGUAUCGUUCGAUGGCAACCCAUUCGAUGCGGCCUGGAUCGCUAUACUAGCGGCACUGAGGGACACGAAGCUGCCGCGGGCGUGGUGGGACCCCGAUAGGGAGAUGGUGCUGUGCUCCCGGACCGAGAGCAGGGCCCUAAGUGUCCGCGGAUUGCCCAUCGCAUGCACCGCUGCCUUACUCAAUGAGAGAGAGGCAGAAGUGGUCGGUCAGAGCAAAUCUUUUCUCCUGGUUGACCCGGAUAGGCUGGAGGAAAGUCUGUGUGACGAGAGCAUCACUGUCGUGGUAGAUCGCACAACCGGUGAGACAAGGAUACGAGGAAUAUCGAAGAGUGGUGGAAGGGGUUUGGGCCCAAAAGACAUCCGAGAGUUUGCCGGGAUGGUAGAGAGCAGGUGGGAGCAUGUUCAGCAGGCUUUGAACUAGAGCCACUGUAGAAGGGGAAAGUUGCCAGGAGGACUCUACGCCAUAUUCUUCUUACAUGCAUGCAGCUGUAAGAUCAAGACAACCCUACCUAGGCACUCAGGUCAGCACCGGGCAUACAAGAUGGUCCUCAUACACCCUUGUUAAUGAUACCCAAUCCGAGGGGAAUUGUACCUACUAAAAUACAGCCUAGCUCUCCGGUGAUACUAGAAGCAGACCCUCGAUAUCGCCAUGUUGCUCGACUACCAUUUGAUUAGCCGUCUUGCACCAGUUGUUCCAAAUUAGACGUAUUAGCCAAAGAAUGUUCUGGGGAGGGGAUCUGAUUGAUAGGCCCUUGAGGGGGAUCAUCCAAGGCUAGGUGUAUCGAAAUUGGUCCUGUUCGUGAGAAUCAUGCUCUAAUAACUCCAGGCGGUCUCUUUGAGUCGCCUUGCUUAUAU